CACACACACACACACACACACACACACACACACACACACACACACAGGGGUGUGUCCAUAAACUGUUUCUAGUCUACGUCUUCAGGAAUGUAAAUAAGUGUUAAUUGUGUUCCGACCGGACAACGCACAACUCUAUCUGAGAGAACAGCCGGUAAGUCAUUUCAUUUUUUUGUUUAAAUUAAAGUAGGAAUUUAGAAGAUCUGUCUCAACAGCUACAUAACUCCUGAAAUCACAUAUGAUUAUCGUUAGUUGUUGUUUUUCCAUAUGAAUGAGAAUUAUAAUAUUAAUGUAUUUACUUGGUAAUUUUUACUUGUUUCAUCUGGAUUUUGGCCUUUAUAUUUGUAUCAAGCUUUGAGUAAUGCUAUACAGUGCCAGAUCUUGUCUGGUAAGAAGCAAGCAUUAUCAUUCAUAGCCUGGCCCUGAUUCAUCAUUACAAACAGCUUUUGAAAGAAAAUAUUAAUAUAGUAAGAUUCAGAUUAGGAUUAUUUUUCUGUUGCCUAUUGUUAAUUCUUUGCUUAUUAUUCGCUCAUUCUUUCAUUCUUGCAUGUGUUCCUAUCAUCACUGGUCAAGUUAGAGCGGCUAACUUUAGCCUUACUGUCCCCACGGUCUUCUGAACAGAUCACAGUGAUAGUUAAUGACAGACAUUUAGCGGUCUGCCCAACUUCCUGUGUGGGACUACAGACAGACAGACACAGACAAACAGCAGGAUAGCCUGGUGGGGUAACGGUUCAAACCCCCAGUGUCUUCUGUCAGUGUCCCUUUUGACCAGACAACUAGCACCUCAUUAUUAACUUUCACCUAAAAAAGCUUUUGAUAAAAGCGUUUAAUCAGAGAUCCCGGAGGGACCCACUAAAUGUAUGUUUACAUUGUCAUUAUUAAUGCAGUUGUCGAAGAACAUACUGAUCAUCAAAACAGUAUUCCACUUCCAUCCCGUCUGAAAACAUGCUAACGAUCAAACAAGACAGACUUUGGGGGGCUAGGGUCAGGGGUCGUUAACAAAAGACCUGUGAAGCCCUCAGACUAACAGUGCUUAAGGGCUUUACAAACACGAUUGACUUGAAGACGGAAUGUACUGCAUAUGCUGAAUCUCAAUGAUAGAAAUAUAGUUUGUGGCCAAGCUGUGAUCCACUUGGUUUACCGCGGAGACCCCCUGAUGAUUCCCGACCCUAUGUUUACAUUCAUGGCACUCAGCAGACGCUUUUAUCCACAGCGACUUACAAUAAGGACAUUUGUCAGAAGAAGGAGAAGCAACACUAUAUCGCUGACGGUACAGUAAGGACCUUCAUAGAACCAAGUGCCAAGCACUAACAGCCGCUAGGUUAACCCAUUCCCCGUACACAACAAAGAUAGCCAGGAUAAGACGCUCCACGAUGAAGAGUACUAUAAAGUGCCAGGACGUAUGACGUACAAUGAUGACGGGGGAGGGUAUGCAGAGUCUAGACGACUACCCCUGAUGUAAACUGUGGUGGGGGGGGGGUCCCAGCUGCAGGAUGGAGGUGAAGGUGCAUGUGGACGGGGUUCCCCGGGUGGUCUGUGGGGUCACGGACAGCACCACCUGCCAGGAGGUGGUCAUCGCUCUGGCCCAAGCCCUCAGUCGCCCCGGCCGCUACACCCUCCAGGAGAAGUUCAAGGACUUCGAGCGCUGCGUGGCCCCCGGAGAGCGGCUCCUGGAGGCCCUGCACAAGUACGGGGAGCACGGCAAGGAGGUGCAGCUCACCCUCCUCCUCAACCACAGGCCCCCGCUCCUCUGGGACCCGGCGCCCGGCGGCAGACCCCCGGACCCCCGAGACCCGCCCGCCCCCCCGCUGAGACGGAGGAGACCCGACCCGCGGUCCGGGACCCGGAAGGGCGGCAGCCCGCUCGCCAGCUCCGCCCAUCGCCAGAGUCUGCCGGUGCUGUCCCGGCUGCGGCAGGAAGAGGAAGAGGAGGGGCCUCUGGAGGAAGUCAAGAGGCCCAAGAGGAAGUCGUUGACGCUGAUGGACGCCUGGGGGUGGCUGGGGAGUCUGGGCCGCGGCCGGCUCCACUACUGCGUCAGCGACCCGGAGGGGAACAAGAUGACCGGGAAGGAGGGUACCGGCAACCUUCCGGAGGGCUCCGUCUGCUACGUUCCGGUUGCUUCCGGUUCCGUCGGGUCCCAGGAGGCCUCGGGCCAGGAGGGGUUCCUGAGCCGCGUCAGGAGGCGGAAGAGACAGAGCAGGGAGCGCCGAGCGUCGUGCUGCGGCACGGCCGAGAACGGCCCGGAUGAACCGCGCUUCAGGAAGUCAUUCCUAGGGGCCAAACACCAGACCCUAGGGGCCAAACACCAGAACCCAGGGGCCAAAGACCAGACCCCAGGGGCCAAAGACCAGACCCUAGGGGCCAAAGACCAGACCCUAGGGGGCAAAGACCAGACCCUAGGGGCCAAAGACCAGACCCCAGGGGCCAAAGACCAGACCCCAGGGGCCAAGGACCAGACCCUAGGGGCCAAGGACCAGACCCUAGGGGCCAAAGACCAGACCCCAGGGGCCAAAGACCAGACCCUAGGGGCCAAAGACCAGAACCCAGGGGCCAAAGACGAGACCCUAGUGGCCAAAGACCAGACCCUAGGGGCCAAAGACCAGAACCUAACGUCCAAAGACCAGACCCUGGGGAGGGCGAGCAGGGCGGAAGAAGAGAAGAUCAAACUGAGAGAGCAAAUCACGUCUCAGGGCUCCCGACUGCGGGACCUCGACCUCCAGCUGUCGUCGGUGGACCGGCAGAUCCAGGAGCUGGAGGGCCAGCAGACGGAGGGACCGGCCCGGCCGGACAGCCGGCGGUCGUCCCAAGAACAGGAGGAGGAGAGGGAGGAGGUGCUGUUCUGGGAGCAGCAGCUGCAGGCGGAGCUGGGCUUUGAGGGGGACAUCCAGACCCAGUUCCUGGAGCUGCGGGAGAAAGCCCGGCAGUGCAAGGCCGAACUAGAGGAGUACCGGCGCAGGAUGCAGCGGCUGGCCUUCACCGCUGGGGCGACGCCGCCCGUCCAGAAGACGGUGGGGGAGGGGGAGGACCGUGGGACCCGGGGAAAAGGAGUCACAGAGAUCGGCCUCGCAGUGGAAACGUCUGAGGCGUCGGGCGGCGGAGAUACGGGCAGGAAGGAGACGCCCAGCCAGCCUCACGCUCCAGUGCCCCCAGAGCAGAUAAAGGAGAGGCGGCUGACCGGACCCACGGAGCUCGGGGAGUGGUGGAAGCGCUGGUCUGAGACCCAGAGCAAGGCAGCAGCGCCUCCAGCCCCGGUGCACCGCUCAGAGCUCACCAUCUACCUGGGCAGCGCCAAGGUUUAGAGUAGGGAUGCACCGAAAUGAAAAUUCUUGGCCGAAACCGAAACCGAAUACACUGAAACAGUUGGCCGAAGGCCGAAACCGAAACCAGAAUGUGGCUUUUGAUGUUUUUCAUUCAUUUUGCAUUAAUCUUUCACCAUUGCAUAAAUCAAACAAUUAAAUGUCCUUUAUUAACUUUGUCUUGCUUUUCUAUAAAAAAAAUCAAUUACAAAUUUGAUAGAAAAUAUUUAUUUGAACGUUUUCUAACAUUCCAGCAGACAUUAUAGCAAGAAUUUAAGAACAAUGUACCUUUAAAUUAAUGAGUAAAACUUUUUAUUUUUUUAUAAAUAA